AACGAAACUUGUGAGAGCGUGGUUGUGACAUUCGCGAUUGGACGUUUGCGCGGAGCGGUUGAUGUUUUCGCUCAACUUUCAACGAACCUAUACUGUACACCACCAGAAUGGGGGCCCGACCACUUACGGCGGCCUUUCUUCUCCUCAUCACCUUGUUCUUCACCAAGGUCACUGCGGAAGAUUUAUAUUUGGAAAAUAACGAUGAAGCACCAAAUGAGUUUCUGGAGGUGGAUUCAGAGGAUAUAGGGAUCGGAGGACGCUUACGACGACUGGCUCGUGAUAUUUUCGACUCUUCAAAUAUCCGAUCGAACGACUUGGAAGAUGAUGACGUCGAUUUCGGUACUGAUGAUGAAGACGCAUCAAUCUCCCAAACGAACGAUGACUUUGAUGCUGGGUCAGGACAACCAGAUAGAAAUGAAAUUAGGGAAGAGACCACGGAAACGCUUCGUGUGUCUUUUGUUGUGAAUGAGCCAUACAAGAAGGAGUAUUCUGACAGAGACUCGGAGGCGUUCCAGACCUUCUCCAGAAAUCUGUCUAAUGCUGUCAACAAUGUAUUCAGAGACGUUCCUGGAACAUACAAAGCAAGCCUCGUCAGAAUCCAAACGAGACCCACCGACGAGUUUUCUUGCAAUGUUACAUUAGAAAUAGUAUCAAACGGACAAGAAGACGUGAACAAAGUAGCUGACAUACUCCGCGAUCACAUUAAGAAGAAUAAAAGAUUGGGCUAUGUUCUCAUCAAUGAUGUAACUGAAUUUAGUGCGACCAUUGUAGACUCAGAUCCCGGGUUAGUUGAUGAAGAUCAACGUACCAAUAGUACUGAUGACAAUGUUGCGAACGAAAUUGAUAAUAACUGCGAACUAAGAUGUAACGAUAACAGUUGUUAUCUAAAAAUACAGAGAUGUGACAAUAAUUAUGAUUGUUCGGGAGGAGAGGAUGAAUUAGAAUGCGGUUUCGGCAUCAACAUAGAUGAGCCCAUUGAUCCUGGAACUUCCAGCUCUACUGAAACUCAAACAAUCUCUAUUCAGUCACAUUCAUCUACCCCUGAACCAGAAAUAACUGAACCGCCACGCGAAUCAGAAGAAAAUAAUGGAGAUGGAGUGCCAUAUACUACAACAUUAGUGCCAACCAACUUUGAAACGAGUACACUGGAAGACGUGACAUUUGAUCCGGAACCCGCAGACUGUUCCGAAGGCUGGUUCCAGUGCGACGAGACGCGGUGUGUCUCGAAUGAAGUGAGGUGUGACAUGGUGCAAGAUUGUAACGAUGGCGCUGAUGAAGCCGGCUGCGAACCCAAAUCCUGUGGAGCUGAUGACUUCCGCUGUAACAAUGGGGAAUGUAUAAGUCAAUCUCGCAAAUGUAACGGUGUCGAUGAUUGUCAAACUGGUGAAGACGAAUACGAUUGUAAUUGCAGCCCAGAUGAAUUCAGAUGUGAAAGUAAUGGAAUCUGCAUCCCGAGCCGACAACGCUGUGACGGCGAAGCAAACUGCAAUGAUGGUUCCGAUGAACUGGACUGUGCAAGUGGGUACUAUAGAUGCAGAGGUGGUAAAUUAAUACAUGAGAGUGAAAGAUGUAAUCGUCGAUACGAUUGCGACCACGGGGAUUAUUCCGAUGAACAGAAUUGUCCAUGUGGUGAUGGAGACUUCAAAUGUGACAAUGGCUACUGCAUUCCCAGAUCUAAGCACUGCGACAGAACGCAUGACUGUCAGGAUGGCUCUGAUGAACGGCAUUGCACUUACGGCUCCGUUUGCAUGGCUUUUGAGUAUAUGUGCUCAAGUGGACAAUGUGUAUCUGCUGAAUCCCGAUGCAAUCAAACUGUAGAAUGUGGUGAUGGUUCCGACGAAACAAAUUGCCCCUGUAAACGUGACCAAUUCCAAUGUCGAGAUGGAACUUGUAUUAAUAUUGCUCAUCGCUGUAAUGGCGAAAAAGACUGUCGCCAUGGUGAAGAUGAAUUUAAUUGUGAAGUACAGCGUUGUGGUGAAGGUCAGAUCGCUUGUAAUAUCGGAUCUUCCUUGGCUUGUGCAAACCGAUGUGAUCAGAUCACACAAUGUGAUGGAGGAGAAGAUGAAGAAGAUUGCGAUGACUGUCAUUUCUGUGAUGGAAAAUGCUUGGAAGAUGAGAAGAUUUGUGACAUAAACAUUGAUUGUAGUGAUGCAUCUGAUGAAGCCAACUGCAAUUAUUGCGACGGAGAAAAUGAUUUCAGAUGUAAGAAUGGUGAAUGUAUAAAUAUCGCCCUACAUUGCAAUGGUGUCCAAGAAUGUUCCGACGGCAGUGACGAGACGGAAUGUAAUAACACUGCGAUUUCAGCGCCCACGGGCUGCACUGAAAAUCAGUUCAGGUGUCAAAGUGGCGAUUGUAUUAACGUUGAUUUCAAAUGUGACGGUAACCGGGACUGCAACGACAAUUCAGACGAAGAAAACUGCAGUUGCUCGAGUGACCAGUGGAAAUGCUUUUCCGGGCAAUGCAUUAGUUCAUAUCAACACUGUGAUAAUGUAUUCAAUUGUGACGAUGGCUCUGAUGAAUACGAUUGCCCCGCGCCCUACUCACCACCGCCGCAACCAACUACCCAACUUCCAACAUUUACUACUACACUACGAACUGUAUCUUUAGAAUGCACGAAUUACGAAUGGAAAUGCUAUUCUGGGCAAUGCAUAUAUUCGUCUCAACGUUGCGAUAGUGAAGUUAAUUGUGAUGACGGUUCUGAUGAAUUAGACUGCCCUCCAUUACCAUACACUCCUGGACCCACGCAGGAACCAAUACUUACCACUACGUUAAGACCUGUGCUUUCCGAAACAUGUCCACGAAAUGAAUGGCGUUGUGAAAAUGGACCAUGCAUACCAUUGAAUCUACGUUGCAAUGGCAGAAGGGACUGCCCUUAUGAUAAUAGUGAUGAGCUUGAUUGCUCUCUUGGCAGGAGUGCUGCUUUGGAACUCGAAGUACGUCCAAAAGAGCAAACAGUUCGAUACGGUGGUGAUGUGGUAUUUACCUGCCGUGAUAAAGGACUUCUUAGGGCAGCUGUGCGCUGGGUGAGAGAAGGUGGUCGGCGUAUAAAAGCGGGCUCAACUGACAGAAAGGGACGUCUUGAAAUGAUAAACGUUACUUCAGUGGAUGAGGGAGUAUAUAUCUGCCAAGCACCCCUUUAUCUUGGACAACCAGGAGCGGAGCUGAAAGUAUACCUAAAAGUAGAAAAACCAGUGUACAUUCCCAGCUAUGAAUCAUGUGCAGCACAUGAAGCUACUUGUGGUAAUGGACAAUGUAUUCCAAAGACCGCUCUGUGCAAUGGAAUCAAUGAAUGUUCCGACGGAUCUGAUGAAGACGCUUGCCAAAUAAAUGGAAAAUGUGAACCAAACCAGUUUGAAUGUAACAAUCAUAAAUGCAUACUGAAAACGUGGCGUUGUGACUCUUUUGAUGACUGCGGAGAUAACAGUGACGAGAUGUCCUGUGGUAGCAGGGAACCAGGACAAAGCUGCUCAUCAACUGAAUUUUCUUGUGCAAAUAACAACCAGUGCAUUCCGAAGAGUUUCCAUUGCGACGGACACGAAGAUUGCCUCGACAUAUCUGACGAAAUUGGUUGUGCUCCAGUAAGCAUCGUGCGUCCACCCGAGCCGACAAACGUGCGUUUAAAUCCAGGAGACACUCUUACAUUAGUUUGUGAAGCCGUAGGGGUGCCAACUCCUCUUGUAACAUGGCGUUUAAACUGGGGUCACGUACCACAGAAAUGUACUUCGACCAGCAGUAAUGGUAUAGGCACCUUAACUUGCCCUGACAUGCAGCCCGGAAAUAGUGGUGCGUAUUCCUGUGAAGCAAUAAACAAUAGAGGAACAGUGUUCGCCUAUCCUGAUUCCAUUGUUUUCGUGAACAGAACUGAAGCGCUUUGUCCACCUGGAUACUUCAACAGUGAGGCGAGUUCUCAAAGUGAAUGCAUCCGUUGCUUCUGCUUCGGUGAGUCCACGACUUGUAAAACAGCUGAUCUCUUCAUCUACAACAUGCCUACGCCUCUUGGACAAGGCGGCACUAGACUAGUGGGUAUCAUACAAUCACCAAACGGAGAUAUUACAGUUGACAAACAAUCCAUCAACAAUCAGUAUUACGAAGACCCACAGUGGAACGGAGUAACGGUUAUGAAGCUCGAGAUCUUAAAUGCACCUUCGUUCAGGUCGGAUGUUCAUCCAUAUAUUACUCUACCUGAGUCAUACAAUGGCAACCAGCUAACUUCAUAUGGAGGACAUAUUAAGUACAAACUAUCACCUCACAAUCCUCGACGAUACGGCUACGACAACAAUCCUGCUGACAUCAUUUUAGUGGGCAAAUACCAAACAUUAUUCCACGUGUAUCGCGGUGAGUACUCUCGCGAUACAUAUAUCGAAGCUCGUCUUACACCGGAAAAUUGGAUGAAGAAACGUACUGAUAACAGAGGCUUGGCACCUGCUACCAGGGAGGAUAUUAUGAUGGCUCUUGACGACGUAGAAAUGAUUUUACUACGCGCUGACUUGAACAAUGCUGGUGUCAAUAUCACUGACUUUGCAAUGGAAUCUGCGCAUCUUAUAAACUCAGGACUUGGUGUUGCCAACUUAGUUGAAGAAUGCACUUGUCCUCCCGGUUAUGAAGGUCUUUCGUGUCAGAAAUGCGCUUCUGGUUAUAUACGAGAAAAAACCGGUCCCUGGCUUGGUUCAUGCGUUCGCAGACGAGCUUGUCCUCCAGGAACCUAUGGUGAUCCUUACACAGGUGGUGACUGUAGACCGUGUCCUUGCCCGCUUACGAAUAGAGAGAAUCAAUUUGCUAGGACAUGCAGCGUUGGAGCUAAUGGGGAUGUCAUCUGCGAUUGCAUGCCCGGAUAUGAAGGUUCAGACUGCAGCCGCUGUGCACCAAACUAUGUUGGCAACCCAUUGAUAAUUGGAGAUUCAUGCAAGCCAAAACAAUCCGACAAUUGCAAUCCAUUAGGAACAGCAUUCGUACGCCAACCUGACGAGUGUGUGUGCAAAGAUAACGUGGAAGGACGGUACUGCGACCAAUGUCGGGCUGGAAACUUCUUCCUCUCCAGCGACUUCAGGUACGGAUGUGCAUCCUGCUUCUGUUCGGGAGUACCUACUCUUCAAGACUGUACGAGCAGCAAGCUGCGUCGUAAGACGACAAGGGUCCGGUUUAACGUACCGCAGAUAGUAAAUCAAGUAACGCUCUACAAAAGUGCUCCAUUAGGACCGGCUGGUGCAGUCCGCUACAACGCGCCCAUUGAAACUGAUGUACAACCCGAGUUUUACAACGGAGAAAUUAGCUUGAGCAACUUUGAUCGAGCGCGUCCUUCUAUUUACUACUGGAGUCUUCCUGUUAGCUUCUCUGGAGAUAAAGUGACUUCCUACGGUGGCUACUUGAACUACGAACUUCGACACAUAUCAACACCUAGUUCACAAGGGUCAAAGAAUAAUGCGGCUGACGUUCAAAUUAUCAGCGAUAAUAGUUUAACAUUCAACUAUUACGGAAACUUCAUGCCUGGAAGGGAUGGAUAUUUGAAUGCAACGGUACAAUUUUUGGAGAAAGGAUGGCAGAGACCUGAUGGAAAAGAAAUACCACGUGAGCAAUUCCUUCUAGCACUGGCUGAUGUGAAGACGAUCUUGGUAAAAGCAACAUAUACAACGAACACAGAAAUAGCAUCCUUAAUAAGUGCAAGCAUUGAAACAGCAGAGAGCGGCGGAGACGGACCUCUAGCUCAACACGUAGAACAAUGUGUGUGCCCCCCUGAAUAUGUCGGAACUUCCUGUGAAGACUGCGCUCCAGGAUACACUAGAAACUCAGCUGGAUUGUAUCUGGAACGAUGCGGCCCAUGCAACUGUAACGGAAAGUCGAGUGAUUGUCACCCGGAGACUGGAGUCUGCUAUAAUUGCGCAGAUAACACUGAUGGACCCAACUGUGAAGUGUGCAGGGAUGGAUAUGAAAGAGAUUAUAGCAAUAACUGUGUAUACUCUGGUGGACGUACUGAACUCCCUGAUACAGGAAAUCAGUUAUCUUGCAACUGUGACCCACGAGGCGAAGCAUUGCCUUGCGACGAAAAUGGCUACUGCAACUGUAAGCAGAACGUUGAAGGGGAAAGCUGUGACCGUUGCCGGGUGGGAACCUUCGGAUUGGACGCUUCCAACCCUGAAGGAUGUCUGGAAUGCUUCUGCUCUGGAGUCACCAAAAACUGUCAACAAGCCAAUCACUUCAAGCGUAUACAAAUUCCGGCACCAAUCUUCGGAGAGAGCUAUAAUGGAUAUGCACUUAUGGAUAUAAAUGGCGAACAAUCUAUUAAUGAUCACUUUGUGCCAUCGCCAAAUGAAAGUCUACUUAUGUAUGUAUUCGACAUGUCACCAGUGAGAGACUUGUAUUGGUCACUGCCUGUGUUCCCAGGUAAUCGAGUUCUAUCGUACGGCGGAACCUUAUCGUUGACACAGAAAUUCCAAACGGGAGGUUAUUCGGAACAAUCAACUCCUGGCGUAGAUGUUGUACUUGUUGGUGACAAUUCAAUCUACUGGAGAAACCCAUCGAUCAUAAGAUCCAACGAAGCAUUGAGCUAUCAAGUACCACUUCGCGAAGAUGAUUGGUACAUCCUGAACUCUGUACAACCAGUUAGCCGAUCGGACUUUAUGCGUGUCUUGAAAAAACUAAGAAGAGUUUUGGUUCGCGCCACACUUACACCAAAUGUCACCUCGACGGCAAUCGCUGAUGUUUCUAUGGACACCGCAACUGAAAGCUAUGACAGUUUGAUGCCGACUGCAAAGGGUAUUGAAGUCUGCACCUGUCCUGAGGGAUACACAGGAACAAGUUGUGAGAAUUGCAACCAAGGAUUCUACGAGGAUCAAAAUGGUUUUUGUAGCCGAUGUAACUGUAACGGCCAUGACUGCCAGCUCAAUAGCUACAAUGAAGUAAUAUGUAAUUGCAGAGCACCUUACACCGGACCUGACUGCUCGACCGUUGGCCUGAUAAUGGAACUUCACCCGACGAUCUAUCCUAAACGCAAUACCGGCAACCAUGUUGAUGUAACAUUCACUUGCAAAUACCGAGCGCCAGAACCGCUGACAAUACGAUUCUUUCACGACGGACAAGAAAUUGAGCCAGCGAACUUUUACAAUGAAUCUAAAUUACAUAAAGAUGGAUGGCGUAGUGAGCAAUCCUGGAACACUACAUGGGAUAGAAUCAAACAAGAAGAUGUUUAUGAAUGCCAAACUAUCACAAAGAAGGGUUUCAUUUUAGGCGUCCUAACAACCACGCUUCCCGAGAAAGGUGGAGAACCUAGCGAAAGGCCAAACCGUCCGCAACCACCUCAGAGCACUGUGGUCGUACAAAUUAUGAGUCCAACGAUCAAGAUCCAGGAAGUAGGAGGCACGGUAACCUUCUUCUGCCAAGCCCACAGCCGUAAGGUGCAGAGGAAGCUCGAGGUCUCAUGGUCAAAGGCUGAUGGAUAUUUGCCUCAGGAAAGGACUUACGUUAACCAAGACACUGGAGAACUUACUAUACAAAAUCUACAGAUAUCAGAUAGCGGCAAAUAUAUUUGUCAAACAAGUGACGGUAUUUCCACUGAUCAGGCCACUGCAACACUUAAAGUUCCAGCGAAUGCUAUGACUUUGCCGACUGUGUCAAUAUAUCCAUCCAUCAAGGAUUAUUAUGAGGGAGAUAGAAUUGAGCUCACUUGUUCAACGUCUGGCAAUCCUGCCCCAAGUAUUACAUGGCAAAGAGCUUCAAACAGACCACUGCCGAGGACUUUAAUAAGUUAUGAUGCUUCUCUGGUAAUCGAAAGCGCCAGAGUUGAGGAUUCCGGCGAAUACAGGUGCAUUGCUUCGAAUACAGCUGGGUCUGCAGAUCAGAUUGCGGUAAUUAGAGUUCAAUCAAGACCCUCGCGGCCCUCACAGGAAGAGCUCAAAGUGCCAACAUCAUCACCAACUUUGAAUGAAGGACAGUCUACACAGAUUGUUUGUACUGGAACCAUUAACAUACCAGCUGGUACUAUUAAUUGGGUCAGACAAGACGAAACACCACUGUUAUCCAAUGUGCAAUCAAGAAAUGGUGUUUUGUAUAUUAGUAACGCUCGGGUGGAGAACAGUGGAAUCUACGUUUGCCAAACAUCAUACCGUGGUGUAGAACCAAAGCUUAUUGAUCUAACAGUAAUAUCGCUAAGCACACCGUCCCCCGAGGAGAGGUCAAACAUCUCCGUCUCUGUCAAUGAAUUGAAGAUACCCACUGGUGGAAGAGGGACAAUAGAUUGCAUACCUCAUGGUUAUCCAUUACCGAAUAUCCGUUGGACUAAGUAUCAAGAACCUUUUGGUAGUUACACGUUCCAACGAGAUAAUACUCUCAUCAUCAAUAAUGCACAAGACUCCGACAGAGGAUACUACCUCUGUGAAGGAAUUGUAGACGGCACUCCAAUUGUCAACAUUUAUGUCAACGUUGAAAUUGAAAGACGUGAAGCACCUAGAGUUGAAAUUUAUCCUCCCGGUGAAAACUUUGUGAGCCUGGGCAACCAGUUCCAAAUUCAUUGCCGUGUAUUAGGUGGAAUACCGACUCCAACCGUAACUUGGCAAAAAGAUAGAGGUGGCCAACUCGCAUCGCACGUAGAAAUACUACAAAGAAAUGUCUUAAGCUUCCAAACUGUGGAUGUGAAUGACGAGGGUGAAUAUACUUGUACAGCAACGAAUGAGGCUGGAACAAAUAGUGCAAGUAUGGUCGUAAAGGUCAGGUCUGUACCGGUAAUCAGUAUAACUCCGAACAACAACAUAAAAGCAAUCCAAGGAGAUAGAGUGGUAGUUACAUGCACAGCUGAAGGCUAUCCCGAACCUAUGGUGUCAAUCAAAACAACAUCGGAGCGCUUGCUGGUGCCACCAACUUCGAGGGUUGCCGUUCUUGAAAUACCAAAUGUCGGUGAAAGGGACGAAGACACUUACGUAUGCACUGCCAAGUCCAUGUUUGAUACGGUCGAAGAUCAGUUUGCAAUUGAAGUUGACAGAGGAGAUGGAGGCAUUGGAGAAGAUGAUGGCAGUGGUGAAGAUCAAUUUGAUGUGGAUUUCCCGAACAAUGGUUACGAAAACCAACCUAGAAACAUGGUUGUUCCGGAGGGAAAACAAACACGUAUAAAUUGUGAGGCAGGAGAUAAUUUCCAAGUUGAAUGGAGUAGAGCAGACAGGAGACCUCUGCAGUACAAUGCACGACAAGAAGGCACCGAACUGGUUGUAGAAAAUACUUCCAAAGCGGAUUCGGGAAGAUAUGAAUGCACGCUCAUCAAUAGCCGUACGGGAGAAGUACAACAUUCAGUGCACACAAGCCUGAGGGUAUUAGCUCCACCAAGAAUUGAAUUACGUCCACGUAGUCAAAUUGUAUACCCCGGAGAAUCUCCUACUGUUGAGUGUGUCGUUGAAGGAGAUGACGUCAGAGUCUCAUGGGCGCCAGUUAACAGACUGCCAUCAAGACGUGUUCAAUUUGAUGGCUCAGUUUUAACGUUCCGUCAAAUUGAAGUUGAGGACGCCGGUGAAUAUGAAUGUUUUGCAGAAAACGAAGUUGGACGUGUCAGGUCAAUUGCUGAAGUCAUCGUAAAUAAUCGUACACCAUCGGAGUCGCACGAUAACGAACAAUUCGCGCAUGUUGGAUCCACCGUACAUCUAAGCUGCAACGUUACACAGCCGAAUUUGAGAAUAAGAUGGACCAAAGAUGGACGAGCAUUACCGCGCUCCGUAACCCAGAAAAAUGACGGUUCACUCUUCAUCAGGCUUGCACAAAAAUCAGACAGGGGACGAUAUGUUUGCAUCAUCUCGGAUGGAUUCGGAGGACAAACUAGCAAUUACAUCAACCUCCAUAUUGAGGGAACCCGGGAUGAGGUACCCCCUCUUGUGUCUAUCGUGAGUCCACAAAGAGCUUUUAGAGUUGGUGAAACUGUUGAAGUAAUCUGUAGAGCAUACUCCAAAAAUGUAACGGUAUCAUGGGAGAGACUAAGCACAAACCAGUUUGUUGAUUCAAGGGUAUAUGGCGAAGAUGCGAUAUUGAUAAUACAAAACGUUCAACUGUCGGAUGCUGGUGUUUAUAGAUGUACUGGCACUGAUCGUUUGGGAAGAAGAAAAGAAACAGACUUUGAUCUUAAUGUUGUACCAGUGUCCAACACAAAGUCAUAUCCAAUUAAUGCCGCAGAGACAAUGUACAGCGCAAAAUUGGGAGACCCAAUAGAUAUACCUUGCAGUCACAAUCUGAAUGAACCAGCAUCUAUCGAGUGGAGACGUGAAUAUACCAAAUUACCACCAAGUGCCAAACCGUACGGGCGUAAUCUUCAUAUAGAUAGCGCAAGUGAAGCAGAUGCUGGAACAUAUAUAUGCCGGGUCAGAAACAAUUAUGAGACAGCAGAACUUCGUGCAACUUUACGUGUCUUCGGAAUCAUUCCUAAAUUCAACGGCGAUGGGUGGAUUGAGCUGCCCAAGCUUAAAGACGUUUAUACGCAAUUUGAAAUUGAGAUAUCCUUCAAACCAACCGACAACGACGGGAUAAUUCUUUACAAUGGUCAAUAUGAUGAUGGCAGUGGGCAUUAUUUGCUUUUGGAACUAAUUGAUGGUGUUCCGUAUUUCACACUUAAAUUUGAUGAUACUGAAGAGGACCCGUUAAGGAUUCGGGGAGAUAGACCCCUGCAGAUCAAUACUUGGCAUACGAUUAGACUGCGUAGAAGUGGUACUAAAGUGACUAUGGAUGUCGAUAAUAUAGGAUCAUUUGAGGGACAAGUAAAAGAUAAAUAUCAGAUUUUAGAAUUAAACCAACCGUUGUACAUUGGAAACGCACCGCAAUAUCGACCAGAUGCUUCAGGUUUUGCGGGAUGUGUCAGCAUGUUAAUAGUUGGCAAGGAAGAGAAGAACCUGAUAGUAGACAGUUUGAAUAGACACAACGUCUACGACUGCGACUCAUGCUCACCAAACCUCUGCUUAAACCGCGGAGUAUGUCAGGAGGCUCGUAACGAACGCGGCUAUGUGUGUCUAUGCGCUGCCGGGUUUGCAGGCCCUGAUUGCAACAGGACUGGAGAAGCUUGCCGCCCAGGCCUCUGUGGACCUGGAAAAUGUUCCGACACCGCUAGCGGCUACAGUUGCGCCUGUCCGGUAACAUUCACCGGAAAGAAUUGCGACGUGAGACAGAAUAUUGAAUACCCAGCGUUUACUGGAAGCGCAUUCCUCGCUAUCAAGUCACCAGUAACAGCACGGUACCUUAAAAUGUCAAUGACAAUAAAACCCAGGCCGCCUGUGACAGAUGGCAUAAUAAUGUACUGCGCACAACACUCAGGAUUUAGGGGCUUCACGGCUCUAACUGUUAGAAACGGACGGCUCGAGUUCACAUUUGAUCUGGGUGAUGGCAGCGAUCCCGUGGUUUUAACAAGUAACAAUACGUUGCUACCGAACGAAUGGACUUCAGUGCAGAUCAGUCGUAUUGCCGACUACGUGUCAUUGGAAGUGAAUAUGAAAUACAAAUACAACGCCAAACUAUCAUCGCCUAAGGAUCUCCAUUUUGAUACUCCUCUAUACGUUGGUGGCGUAGAAGAUCCGACAAUAGUGAACAAAAAGCUUGGUGUUGAGGCAGGAUUCAGUGGAUGUAUUAAAGAUGUGACACUUCUCAAUGACCACUUGGACUUAAUCAACUCAUCUAUAUUAUCAGCGAAUGUACAGAACUGUGUGAACUACGACCGUGGAGAUAUCCCAGAGUUUGAGAGUGUAUGCGGUCAAUGUCUUAACGGUGGGUAUUGUCAGCGACCUGAUUCGACGUAUUGCACUUGCAAAACUGGAUUCUCGGGCACAUACUGCGAGAAAAGGAGUCCUCCCCUUCUGCAACAACGUUACGGAAACCCAUGUGCUGAUUCGCCAUGCCAGAACAGGGGCGAAUGUAAAGUAAACGCACCAACGUAUAGCAGGAUGAAUUAUACUUGCGACUGCCCACUUGGAUAUGCUGGGGCCACUUGCCAGAUACCGUUGACACUGCAGACCAGCGUCGGCUUCAGCGGAAACGGAUAUCUUGAGUUGCCAAGACGCUUCUUACGGUAUGAUCAACUGGACGAGCAACCAGCGAUGUUUGCACUAAUUUUCCAAACGACACAAGAUGGAGUUCUACUGUAUCAAAAGGAACAUCAGUCGCGCAGGGGCGGUGACUUUAUACUUUUAAGUAUUAAAAAUGGCAUUGUCAUGUUGGAGUGGGACUUCGGAAGAGGCAUAAGAUCUCUCACGAUUGACGAAUAUGUCACAGAUGGCAUAUUUCAUAGAGUGAUUGCAAGGUUGUAUGGAAACAACUAUGUUGAACUUGACAUGGAUGGCACGAAAGUGCAAGAACAGCCUGAUGGUCUUACGAGCGUGAUGAAUGCUGACUCCAACAUUUAUAUCGGUGGAAUACCAGAACCGUGGAAAUCUGAGCUGCAAUACCAGGGUCUGAACGGAUGUGUACAGCAUGUUGAAUUUAACGACAUGUCGAGGGCUGUAGACUUGGGCCAGCAAGCAGUUGCCGGAAGGAACGCACAGCUCUGUAGAAAAUAAUCAGAGAUGGAUCUUCCUACAGCUGCCGAGAUUAUUCUUCGGAACUUAAAUAACAAUAUCUCUCUAUUAUCCACAUUAUAUUAUAGUUCCAAGCAUUAUAAAUGUCAAUUCAUAAAAUAAUGAUAAUAAGUAGUAAUAAUAUUGAUAAAAUGUUUAAUAUUAUGCCUGUUUUGAAUCUCUGUCAUAUUUUUAAAGUGGCAGAUAUUAUCAUGGAAGCAUGAUUUUUAAGAUAUAUUAGAAUAAAAUUGUACCGAUACAUUUAGUGUUAAUAUUUCGCCGAUCUGGACAAUACAUAUAGCUUUGUAAGUUAAGAAUAUUUCAAUGUAUAUUGUCUAAAUCAAAAUGCCCAAAUCUUGGGGUUCUCUAUAAGAGUCUUGGUGCCAUAAGAUAUAAUUAUUGCUGUAGCUAGGUAACUAUUAAAUAAAAAUAAUUCAUACCAUAGUUUCACUUUUACGCCAAGCUUUUUUAUACUACUAUUUUUAUACUAUUUUGCCAUUAAUUUUCAAUAUAUUAUUUUCAACUUGGCAAUAUAAAAUGUGCCAAAAGAAUGUGUACUUGUUGGUCUAGUACAUCUAAUUAGGUAUGAGAUUGCCACUUAACUAUAACACGAAAGUACAUUUUUAUUGUUGGCAUUUGAUAUUGCUUUUAGCUUAAGCGUACUCCUGCAUUUAAUCUGGAGAUUUUCGGUGCUUUUAUUUGUUUGAAACUCUUUUAUUCUUUGAGCUAUAACUUUAGCAGUAACAUUUCUACUUUAGUAUUACUGAAUAUAACGCGAUUCAGUAAGGUGUUAUGUUGCACAACUAACCAUAAAUUAAAACCAUGUAUAUAAUAAAA